UCACAUGACGUCAGCAGUGUCAUGGCGGCGUCCGCAGCGCUUCGGGCGAGCGUGACUUUCACUCAGCGUUUAGUGCGUGUGUCACCGGACUGUCGUCUGAAUCUGGGCACGAGAGCUGAAGACGGACUCGUACAGACGAGCAGCAGUGCAUCUGGUACGGAAAACACACGUGUCCGUGUCUGUCAGGAGAACGGCAGCUCACCCGAGGACGAGACCGACGAACAUGGUGUUAAUGUUGUAUAUAUCGACCGAUCUGGGCAGAGGAUUCAAGUCAAGGGAAGGGUUGGAGAUAACGUUCUUUACCUGGCUCAUAAACAUGGCAUUGAUCUUGAGGGAGCGUGUGAAGCCUCUUUAGCGUGCUCUACGUGUCACGUGUACGUCAAGAGUGAAUACUAUGAUAAACUUCCAGCACCUGAGGAAAGAGAGGAUGAUAUGCUGGACAUGGCUCCGAUGCUGCAGGAGAAUUCUCGUCUGGGUUGUCAGAUCCUUCUCACCCCUGAACUGAACGGCAUCGAGCUGACUCUGCCCAAGGUCACACGCAACUUUUACGUGGACGGUCACAUUCCCAAACCUCAUUGAGCGCUGUGCCGACCAGUGUUACCGGGUGUCAAGCAUUAUGGGAUAGCUGGGAAAAACAAUGACAUCAGAAUUCCUCACAAAGAUAAUGAGGGUCGAUCGGUCGGUCUGUAGGACAGAAACUGAAGCUCAGUGCAAGUCGACAGUCAAGCAUCAGUUUCUAUUGGUGAAGGAAUUCUGGGAAGUGUGAUCUGAGGCUUUCCUUCAUCUCUUUCUCGUGUCCUUGAGCUUAAGUUGAAAUUGAUUGAUGAAGAUUUCAAAGGAAGAGCUGCUAUGUUCUGUUAAAUAUCUCCUGUGUGUCUCUUUUACAGAUUGCAACAUAUUUUUAUCUUGUUUACCGACCACAGAAAUUUCAUUUUAUUUUGUAAAAAUAAAAUAAUGUUUGUAUAUGUUUACAUAAAGAAAACGAUGCCUGUUUUGAAACCUUUUAUUUUCAUUACAGUUAAGCUUAUUUACUCACAAAUUCUCAUUACUGUAAUGUAGGGCUGCACAAUGUAUCGCUUCAGCAUCAAUAUCACAGUGCAUGGAUCUGCUUUAAUCACAUCCCAGAACAUACAGAGCAUUCAUUUUUAAAGCAACACUAUUUUGGAGAUCUUUGCCAGUGGUACACUAUGUGGUGGUUUCCCGGACAGGGAUUAAACUAGUCCUAGACUAAAAUAAAUGUAAGAGCUGUCCAAACUAAAAACAACCUGCAGACAUCUUAAAAUACAUCGGUGCUCUAUAUUUUGCCUCAAAAUGCACACAAGUAAUGUUUUUAGUAAGGCAUGUUUGUUAAAACUAGUUAGAUUUCCUAAUUAACUUCUUCCUUUGUGCCAUUCCAGCAUCUACAGCUAUAUUCCUGAUGAGAACCAGUUAAUCCAUACACAAGUUUUAUUCAGAUAAGUUGAUCCAUACACAGGUUGGGGGAGGGACAAUUUGGCAUCUCCAAUUUGCCUAACUUGCAUGUUUUUGGCAUGUGGGAGUAAACUGGAGUAAACUCAUGCUGACACAGGGAGAACAUGCAAACUCCACACAGGAAGGCCACCUGCCCUAGCCAGGGCUCAAACCGGGGACCUUUUUGGUGUGAGGCAAUCCCAUCCACACAUACUCGAUUUAAAAAAAUCUUCGUCCACAUGAUAAAGCAAAACACGUUGUGAAGCGAUAUCAAGAGCAUUAUUUUAAAUCAAAUUACCAGCCGGCGGUGAUAUAACCCAAAUCGUAAAGCCAUCAUGGCCAAUUAGAAGCCUAACAAAAGUGAAGUCGCAAGGCGAAAACCCCGGUUUUACUGUCUACACAACAACACUGCAACCGGCGUUUCUAAAAAUCCUCACCCUGGCAGGGGUUUUCAAUGAUGUUCGGUUUCAGUGACGUGAUACUGCGUUUUUAUGUAGACGAACGGCUGAACUGCGUUAAAAAAAGGCACGGUUAUAAAAACACCUGUGUCUGUGUGGUCUGGUUUAAUAUAAUCCCUAUAGAAACCAACCCUAUAUAAAAAAGGUUUCAGAUGGCAGAGAAAAAUCACAGAUUUCAGUGAGCUAGACUGAAAAGUGCAAGGCAGAAGUUAAUUCUUCUUAAACUAAGCUUUUAGAAGUCAUCUGGUGAAUUUGCAAUAUUAGUUUCCCACAAUAUCUCGCAGGCCUACUGUAUUGUUGAUGCAUUUAUUGAUGCAAUGUACAUUACAUGAACUGUAUAGUUUUGUUGUAUUUUAAAAAGUAUUUUAAAAUAAAAUUAUACAAAUUGGGAAAACUUUACUGAAUAAAAACAACUAAUUUACAGUUUAA